ACUUGUCUACCGGUACACGAUUUUCGAUUACCAUUCAAAUUGUAUUAAAUCUCAAGUGUCGAGUUGCUGCCAACUAAAUCUAAAUUAUUGUUGCUUUCAUGUUGAUAUUUUACUUUUUUUUUUUACUUUUCAGUUUCGUAUGUGAAUAUUAGUUUUUUUGAAUCAACUUGUUUUGGAAUCCUGGUGGGAAAGAAGCCUUCCUUGUUGUCAACUAUAGAGCUGUAGAGCAUAGAAAUGACCGGACCGUAAUGUCAGUGGAUGCAUGCUGAUUGGAGGAGGGCAGUGCCAGUGUCAGGUCAGCAGGAUGAGUGUGUCUGACGGUGUGACGAGAACAACCAGCUUGGACAUGGAUCAAUUACAGCAACGGCAGACCGUCUUUCUCCAGAUCUACCCGCGUCUGCCCCAGGACACCGCUGCAUGUUGUACCCUCCAGGUCAGCCCUCUGGCCACGGCCGCUACGGUUAUCCAGAACGCAGGGGCCACGCUGGGCCUGGACAUGACCCGACACUACGCCCUCUUGGAGGUCAGGCAGGAUGGAGGGGCUGAGAGGAUGCUAAGGCACUCUGAGAUUCCCAUGGAGAGGGUGUUGCUGUGGCCCCCAGGGGCCCAGAACCAGCAUCCCCAGGAGGAGGGUUACUACUUCAUCCUGCAAGCCCAAGGAAGUGGAGGGGAUCUGGGGUCAGGGACUGGCGGUAGUGAGGUAUCUUCAUCAGAGGAAUAUGAUGACCUGUGCAGCCUCUCCACCUUGACCGAGGACACUAUCCUGGCCGCAUUGCGCCAGCGCUUCUACAAACACAACAUCUACACGUACGCCAGCGGCAUCCUGGUCGCCAUUAACCCCUUCAAGUUCCUACCCAUCUAUAACCCGAAGUAUGUCAAAAUGUACAACGACCAGCCACUGGGAAAACUGAGCCCUCACAUCUUUGCAGUGGCGGACGUGGCGUUCCACACCAUGCUGAAGAAGCAGGAGAACCAGUGUGUGGUGAUAUCAGGGGAGAGCGGAUCAGGGAAGACCCAGAGCGCCAACUUCCUGAUUCACUGUCUGACGGCGUUGAGCCAGAAGGGCUACAGCAGUGGGGUGGAGAGGACCAUAUUAGGAGCAGGGCCUGUCCUGGAGGCGUUUGGCAACGCUAAGACGGCUCAGAACAACCACUCCAGUCGCUUUGGGAAGUUUAUCCAGGUCAACUAUCUGGAGAGUGGGGUGGUCAGAGGGGCGGUGGUAGAGAAGUAUUUCCUGGAGAAGUGUCGGCUAGUGUUUAGAGAUCGGAGUGAGAGGAACUACCACGUGUUCUACUACCUGCUGGUGGGAGCGUCCAAGGAGGAGCAGAGAGAGUUCAGUCUGCUGCAUCCUGAAGACUACGCAUACCUACAACAGGAGGACUUUAAUUUAGAAGAUGCUGAGGACCUCAGGCGUGAGUUCAAGAGGCUUCAUCAGGCCAUGGAGAUGGUGGGAUUCCUGGUCCCCACCAAGAAACAGAUCUUCUCUGUGCUCUCUGCCAUCCUGUACCUGGGCAACGUGACGUACAGCCAAUCGGAAGACGGCCAGGGGCUGGAGGCGGGGCCAGCAGAUGUCCUCUAUACCCUGUCUGACCUCCUGGAGGUCAAACAGGAGUUGCUGGUGGAGGCUUUGACGAAGAGGAAACUAAUGAUGGCCAACAACACCGUAGUUCUACACUACACUCUCGAUGAGGCUGUGACAGCACGGGACUCGAUGGCCAAGUCUCUGUACAGCUCUCUGUUUGAUUGGAUCAUCCUGCACAUCAACCACGCUCUGCUCAACAGACGAGACAUGGAGGAGGCCGUCUCUUGUUUGUCUAUAGGUAUCCUGGAUAUAUUUGGUUUUGAGGACUUCCAGACGAACAGCUUUGAACAGUUCUGUAUUAACUACUCCAUCGAGAAAGUUCACUAUUACUUUCAUCAGCAUGUCUUCACGCUGGAGCAGGAGGAGUACCAGGCAGAAGGGAUCAGCUGGAGUCCCAUUGACUACAAAGACAACCUGGGCUGUAUCCAUCUGAUCAGCCAGAAACCCACUGGACUGUUCCACAUACUGGAUGAGGAGAGCAAUCUCUCCCAGUCCACAGACAACACCCUGUUGGAGAAGUUCAAGCAGCUGCAUCAUGAUAACCCGUACUUUGUCCCCACCGCGGUGAUGGAACCAGCCUUCAUCAUACAACACUUUACUGGGACCAUCAAGUACCAGAUUAAGGAUUUCCGGGAGAAGAACACGGACCACAUGCGUCCGGAGAUCGUGUCGUUACUACGCAGCAGUCAGCGGGCGUUCAUGCGUCAGCUGAUCGGGUCAGAUCCUGUGGCCUUUUUCCGAUGGGGAAUCCUCCGAUCCACCAUACACAUCAUAGCAGUCUUCAAGGAGGCCGGACGCCGCCGUGCAGCCGCAGGGGAACUGAAGAGGAGACCCAUCUUGGCUCUACAGAGACUGGCCAGCUCCCGGCUGGACUUCUCAUUUGACCGGUCUGAUGACCACCCUCUGGAGGUGUUAGAGGACAUUUUCGUCAGCUAUGAGAACAGGAAAAAGACCAAAGGCAGCAAGCGCAAACAGCUCAUUCCCAAGAAUCUGAUGAACUCCCGGUCCCUGAAGCACAUAGUGGGUCUGACGCGCCACAACCUCACCCCUCGCUCUCUGCUCCACCCACACCCGAGGAAGCAACCGUCCAGCAUCAGCGCUCAGUUCCAGGCGUCUCUCAAUCAGCUGCUGGAGACUGUGGGGAGAGCAGAGCCUUUCUUCAUCCACUGUAUUCGUUCCAAUGCCGAGAAGAAGGAGAUGCUGUUUGACGACGCUCUAGUUUUACAGCAGAUGAGGUACACGGGCAUGUUGGAGACGGUACGCAUCAGGAAAUCUGGCUACAAUGCCAAGUUCACCUUUAAGGAGUUCCUAGAGAGGUUUAAAGUGUUGCUGCCAAAAGAAGCCACCUCGGCACCGAAGGACAUAGCGAGCCUGCUGCAGAAGAUGGGCCUGGGACAGAGCACAUACCAGAUUGGGAAAACUAAGGUGUUCCUAAAGGAGAGGGAGAGGCAGCAUCUGCAGGACACCCUGAACAAGGAAGUGAUGCGUCACAUCGUCAUCCUCCAGCGCUGGUUCAGGGCCUGUCUGAUCAGGAGACACUUCCUCUGCAAGAAAGAUGCUGCCAUCAGAAUACAGCGAUGUUGGCUGGCGUUCCGAGCGGACAACAGGUGCCUUGCGGCCACAGUGAUCCAGGCGGCAUGGAGAGGUUCUCAGGAGAGGACAGACUACUUGAGAAUGAGGAACAGCGUCAAGAAAAUGCAGGCACUGAUCAGGAACAAACAAGGUCCAGACAGCACUAAGGCUGAGGGAGAGAAGCCCGCCACGCCUCCCCAGCUCCCUCCCAAAACGCAGUCCAAGCUUCAGUACCAAACCCAGCACCAGAGAAACCUGGAGAGGACGGAGCUGAGGAGGAGGCAGCACAGUGAGGAACACGGUCCCUACAGAAGCCCCGAGACAGGCCCAGAAGUCAAUGGACAGAAGGCCGCCCAGAGGAACACCGAGAUGGAGAAGAGAGAGGGAAGAGGCUCUCCACCUCCCCUCAACAGACCUCUCUCCUUCCCGCUAGAUGCCAAGGCUGGCAGGGAUGGAGAGGGGGAGUCAACCAGCCCCUCCCAUCACACAGGCUCACUGAAGGGCUGCUCCACCUUGGAGGACAGUAAGGAGCGUGCUGAGGGAUGGAAUGUGAGCAGGAGGGAGGGAGGACACCAGGAAGACCCCCGCGCUGAGGUCCAGCGACCCAGGAAUAUGGAGGGGUUGCUGUGGAACUCUGGGUCGGUGUCAGACAGCUCUCCCAUCGCUACUGAGUUUCCGAAAUGUUCUGAUAUUUCCACGGACGGGGCUAGUUUCAGCCUCCCAGAUGAGAGCAUAACCCGCAGACACUCCAGCCAAUCCCAGCCGACCACUCCUGAUAGGCUUGGCAUCUUCAGUAAGUUUCGGAGGAAACGUCCGACUCGAAACUCACAGACAAAUGCGUAUGGGAUGGUGACCAAUGAGAAUGCACCAUCUGGGAAAGGAGCCACCUCUACCUCCUCCCUGUACACUGGGCGCCGUGGUAACAACAGUGAAGGGCGUGGUAACACUACCAUCAGGAUCAGCCGAGCCACGCGGGUCUCCGAGCAGUGGAAUGCUUCUCUGGAACGGGAGAUCACCGACACUGAUGAGCUCCGACACCUGGAUGAGUUCCUGGGGAACCAGGUAAACGAGCUGAGGACCAGGGUAAAGGAGCUGUCACCAACAGAGAUGAUCUUCCUUACGGCCACCAUGCAGUUCAGAGAGACCAUAAAGGGCAUGUACUCCGUAUUGAAGCCCCACAUCAGCUAUAAGGUCCUGAUGACGGGCUACUGCAACUGCGUGUCCAGUCAUGCUAGAGCCAAGCAGCUGACCGAGGUCAGCCUGGUGGUCAACCUGUUCCAGUCCAUCCUGGACGGCUUCAUACGGGGAGAGAUCAAACGAGAGGGGUUUGGGCUACCGGUCAAGACCGUGAACAAGCCAAAGACAAAAAAGAAAACAUUUCUCGACAGCCCUUUAGGUCACAUGUUUAGUACGUACCAGGUCAACAUCAGGCAGUCCUGUGACCUGUGUGGUUUCUACAUCUGGGUUAUGGAGAAGGCCUACAUGUGCAGCGCUUGCAAAUUGAUAUGUCACAAGAAAUGCCUUUCCAAAAUCAUCACUGACUGCUCAACUCGAUGUGCCAGGCUGGACGAUGGAGAACCUGGCUGUCUGCACUUUGGGGUGCAGGUGUGUGUACUGACCAGUAAGACCUACCCGAUCCCCAUGGUACUUCUGAUGAUGCUGGAGCAUGUUGAGAUGAAUGGCCUGUACACAGAGGGCCUCUACCGUAAAUCUGGUUCUGCCUCGCACGCCAGGGAAUUACACCAACUACUGGAGAUAAACCCUGAGACGGCGACUCUGGAGAACUACUCCAUCCACACGGUGACUGGCCUGGUGAAACGCUGGUUCAGAGAGCUGCCUGACCCCCUCCUGACUUACCGCCUAUACAAGGACUUCCUGCACGCCGUUGAGUUGCCAGAGCAAUCUGAGCGGCUUCGUGCGGUCUACCAGAAACUGGACGAGCUUCCCUCCGCUAACUUCAAAACACUGGAGAGAUUGGUCUUUCACCUGGUCAGAGUGGCAAAGGAGGAAGAACACAACAGGAUGUCAGCAAACUCCCUGGCCAUAGUGUUUGCCCCCUGCAUCCUGCGAUCCCAAGACACCACUGACCCCUUCCUAGUCAUGAAGGACGUCUCCAAGACAACCACGUGUGUGGAGAUCCUGAUCUCCGAACAGUUCAGACGGUACACUGAGAAGAUGAAGGAUAUCACCGAGCUGGAAUACGCUGAGGCCUUGGCCGUCAACCAGCUCAAACUCAAGAGACGGAACACUAUCUCAGAGAAACCUCCAUCGGAGCUGGACGCCCCUCACAUGGACAACCUUGACCCGUUGGAUAUAGACAUGGAAUCAGAGAGGAACCUCAUCGAAAGGAUAAAAUCCAUCAAGCAGGAGAAGGAGGAGCUGGCGUGCAGGUUGCCAGAGCUGGAGCAGGAGAAUUCCGACAACGACAACCUGGACUCUGAGUCAUCAAUCAGCUCAGAGAGCCUGGACUCAGAAGGCAGAAUGAACCUGUUGUGGAGGAGCCCGAGGCAGGAGUGCCCUCCUAAGCCACCUGACCUGGCCCAGAGAACUACUACAGCCACUGACCAAGCUAGAUGGAUAGAACCCCCAGCCCACAACCAAACCAGGAGCAGGACCUUCUCAGAGCUGGACAUCCCUUUCAUAGAUGAGGAAGAGGACUAGCCUGGGUGCCAGUCUGUUUUUGCUCCACAUGGAAUUAUCAUGUCAUGUACAAUGACAGCAAUGGAGUUGGAAAGAGCACUAAACAGAUCUGGGACCAGGCUAGAGGACAUCUAGGAUGGGGCCAUAUUGUCCUCCGACAGGUGGUGUCUCUAAUACACGAUGCUAAUCCUUCGACUGAUAGCAUUGGCGCUGUAUUAUGGCAACAAGAACCAAGCACAUCAUGUAUAUUUUCCUACAUCCAUUUGUGUGUGUGUGUGUGUGUGUGUGUGUGUGUGUGUGUGUGUGUGUGUGUGUGUGUGUGUGUGUGUGUGUGUGUGUGUGUGUGUGUGUGUGUGUGUGUGUGUAAUGAUCAAAGCUCAAAUCAAAUCUAAUUUUGUUUGUCACCUGCACCGAAAACAACAGAUGUCGACCUUACCUUAAAAUGCUUAGUUUUUAAAAGGUAAGAAAAAUGUGCUAACUUAAUCUAGGGGAAAUAGUAACACAAUAAGGGGGCUGUAUACAAGGGGUACCUAUACCAAGUCAAUGUGAAGGGGUACGGGUUAGUCUAGGUAACUGAGGUAAUAUUUACAGGACCAGUCAAAAGUUUGGUCAAAUCUACUCAUUCAAGAGUUUUUCUUCAUUUGUACUAUUUUCUACAUUGUAGAAUAAUAGUGAAGACAUCAACAUUAUGAAAUAACACAUUAAAUAAUGUACGUAGUAACCCAAAAAGUGUUAAACAAAUAAAAAUAUAUUUUAGAUUCUUCAAAGUAGCCACCCUUUGCCUUGAUGGACAGAUUUGCACACUCUUCGCAACAGUCUUGAAGGAGUUCCCACAUAUGCUGAGCACUUAUUGGCUGCUUUUCCUUCACUCUGUGGUCCAACUCAUCCCAAACCAUCUCAAUUGGGUUGAGGUCAGGUGAUUGUGGAGGCAAGGUCAUCUGAUGCAGCACUCCAUCACACUCCUUGGUCAAAUAGUGUGUUUUGGGUCAUUGUCCUGUUGAAAAACAAAUGAUACUCCCACUAAGCGCAAACCAGAUGUGAUGACGUAUCGCUGUGGUAGCCAUGCUGGUUAAGUGUGCCUUGAAUUCUAAAUAAAUCACUGACAGUGUAACCAGCAAAGCACCCCCACACUAUCACACCACCUCCUCCGUGCUUCACAGUGGGAACCACACAUGAGGAGAUCAUCCGUUCACCUACUCUGCGUCUCACAAAGACACGGCGGUUGGAACCAAAAAUCUACAAUUUGAACUCAUCAGACCCAAGGACAGAUUUCCACUGGUCAAAUCAAAUCAGUUUGUCACGUGUGCCGAAUACAACAGUGAAAUGCUUACGUUUAAUGUCCAUUGCUCGUGUUUCUUGGCCCAAGCUUGUCUCUUCUUAUUAUUGGUGUCGUUUAGUAGUGAUUUCUUUAUUGCAAUUGGACCAAGAAGGCCUGAUUCACGCAGUCUCCUCUGAACAGUUGAUGUUGAGAUGUGUAUGUUACUUGAACUAUGUGAAGCAUUUAUUUGGGCUGCAAUCUGAGGUGCAGUUAACUCUAAUGAACUUAUCCUCUGCAGCAGAGGUAACUCUGGGUUUUCCUUUCCUGUGGUGGUCCUCAUGAGAGCCAGUAUCAUCAUAGAGCUUGAUGGUUUUUGCAACGGCACUUGAAGAAACUUGAAAAGUUCUUGAAAUUUUCAAGAAUGACUGGCCUUCAUGUCUUAAAGUAAUGAUGGACUGUCAUUUCUCUUUGCAUAUUUGAGCUGUUCUUGCCAUAAUAUGGACUUGGCUUUUACCAAAUAGGGCUAUCUUCUGUAUACCACCCCUAUCUUGUCACAACACAACUGAUUGGCUCAAAUGCAUUAAGAAGGAAAGAAAUUCCACAAAUUAACUUUUAACAAGGCACACCUUUUAAUUGAAAUGCAUUCCAGGUGACUAUCUCGUGAAGCUGGUUGAGAGAAUGCCAAGAGCGUGCAAAGCUGUCAUCAAGGCAAAGGGUGGCUAAUUUGAAGAAUCUCAAAUAUAUUUUGAUUUGUUUAAACACUUUUGGGGGUUACUACAUGAUGCCAUGUGUUAUUUCAUAGUUUUGAUGUCUUCACUAUUAUUCUACAAGUAGAAAAUAGUAAGAAAGACCCUUGAAUGAGUAGGUGUGUCCAAAUGUUUGACUGGUACUGUACAUGUAGGUAGGGGUAAAGUGACUAUGCAUAGAUAAUAAACAGAGUAGCAGCAGUGUAUGUGAAGCGUGUGAAUGUAUGUAUGUGUGUGUGUCGGAGUUUUUGUGUAGUGUGUGUGGCUAGAGUCCAGUGAGGGUACAUCGAGCCUGUGCAAGAAAGUCGGUGCAAUUUUUUUUGAAUAACUAAGAGAUGGCCACCCAGAAUAUGUAAAUUGUCCGGGUGGCCAUUUGAUUAACUGUUCAGCAGUCUAAUGGCUUGGGGGUAGAAGCUCUCAAAGAGCCUUUUGGUCCUAGACUUGGCGCUACGGUACCGCUUGCCAUGUGGUAGCAGAGAGAACAGUCUGUCACUUACAUUUUUACAUUUUAGUCAUUUAGCAGAUGCUCUUAUUCAGAGCGACUUACAGUAGUGAGCGCAUACAUUUUUAUAUUUGUUCGUACUGGGCCACUGUGGGAAUCGCACCCACAACCCUGGCAAGUGCCGUGCUCUACCAACUGAUCUUCCUUUUGACACCGCCUGGUAUAGAGAUCCUGGAUUGCAGGAAGCUCGGUCCCAGUGAUGCACUGGGCCAUACACACUGGUUAUGCAACCAGUCAGAAUGCUAUUGAUGGUGCAGCUGUAGAACCUUUUGAGAAUCUAGGGACCCAUGCCAAAUCUUUUCAGCCUCCUGAGGGGGGAAUAGGUGUUCUCGUGCCCUCUUCAAGACAGUCUUGGUGUGUUUGAACCAUGAUAGGUCCUUAGUGACAUGAACACUAGGGAACAUGAAGCUCUCGUUCUGCUCCACUACAUCUCAGUCUAUGUGAGGGGGGGUGGGGGGUGAUUGGCCCUCCUCCUCCUCCUGUAGUCCACAAUGGAAUUACACAAGACACCGUGCAGUCUGUUGUACCAAUGCACCUUUGAUAUUAACCAUGUACAAUCUCAUGUUAUUGUAAAGCCAAGUAUUUUGGAUGUCUCACCUGUGGACAGUAGUAUAACGAGGACCAAAUCAUUUUAAUCCAUAAUACAGGUUCCUUGUUUGCAAUGGACUACUUCUACUUUGUGAAAUAAAUGUCCUAUUUUAUUGAUAAUUAACCUCAAAUGAAAACAAUACAGUCAAGAUUGUUUUAAGGUUA